AUGCCACUGGUUGACUCCGUGACGAUGUCGAAGCCAUCAUCAAAGGCCGCUUCCGACGCGGGCAAGCCGAAAGACGGACUGCAUCCCGUCUACGCCCUAACGAGCCCUGCCGCGCAGGUCAUCCGACACGUCCAGCCAGUGCUUCUCUCCGGCCUCUUCUUCGCGCAGUUCGGCUCAUUGGUGGCCGAUCCCGUACCAGCUCUGUACAGCUCCCUCCCAAUUGUCGCUGCGAUCCAAGUUGUCUACGCCUUUUUCAGUCUUCCCGCAGCUGGUUCGCAAAGCGCGAAGCCCUCGAGGAAGCCUCGGCUGGGUGAGAAGAAGAAGGUUGAGAGCACGGGACCGAACCCCUUUAUCGCCAUAUUCCUAUCACUUCUCCUUGCCGCCCUCGUCACGCCUGCCAUCCACCUUGUUCUUAUUCUCUUCGGCGCCCCCUUUCUGACGCACGUUCCUCAUACGCUUCUCUGCUCCGCCAACGUCGCUAUUCUUUCGUUGUUCCCUCUCUUCUACGUUCAUGGAGUCGAAGCGAAUACAUGGGUAGCUCUUGCUAGCGCAGCUGCGCCAUUGGACGAGGCAUACGGCGGUCUGGUGGGGGGCGUACUAGGUGCGUGGCUCGGUGCAGUUCCUAUUCCUCUGGAUUGGGACCGCGAAUGGCAGAAGUGGCCUGUCACGAUCUUAUGUGGCCUCUACGCCGGCUACAUUCUCGGCAAGACGAUUGGCGGCACGUUAGUGUUUGGGAAGAAGAUGGCCGUCUUCUCAGAAGAUGAUGAGUAA